GGGGGUUGCUCACGUGCGGCGGCGUAUUGCGGCACAGGCAAGCAACCGGCGGCAACGGCAACGGAGGAAAAAGGUGUGACGCAAAUUUGCCUCCAGCGAAAAUGCAGGAACCACUUUCCAAUUGGGCAUGGACGCCGGGCUAUCCAUAUCGGGCAGGGGUAAUACGGUGCGGGACCAGGCGUGGGCGUGUGAGAACAAUGAUCAUGAUCGAUCCCGCAAUACGGGGCCGGCGGAUCUGGAGGAGAACAAAGGAACGCUCUUUGCUGCAAUACAAUAUAUAAUGAGGUGCGCACCGCUGACCUGCUUCCCACUUUUCUCGCCCCAUCACCAUCAUGUCCUCCGCCCGUGUCCACGGCUGGUCCCCUGCCCCCGGCGGCGUCUUCGAACACAACCCCACGUCCUCGCUCAUGUCUACCUUCCGUGUCAAGUGCAACCGCGACGCCUGGUCGCCCCUCGACAAGCCCUCGCCCACCUCGAGCGCGUCCUCGGUCCUCACCGAGUUCCACCAAUGCGACGACGCGCCGCUGAACCCCCCGCGUCGCGGCGACCCCGGAUAUAUCCCCCGCCCCCGUAACGCGUUCGUCAUCUUCCGCUGCGACUUCUGCAAGAAGCACCUCGCGUCGAUGAAGAAGAACGGUGGCACGUCAAAGUCUCGUGGCAAGUCCAGCAAGACGCUGUCCAAAAUCGCCUCGGAAGCGUGGAAGGCGCUCUCUGAGGAGGAGAAGAGGCGAUACGACGAGCUCGCCAAGAAGGAGAAGGCGGAGCACGCGAGGUGCUACCCGCACUACAAGUACAGGCCCCUUCGGCGUGGGCGGGUGGGGGUCGCGCGCAGUGCGCGUCGUGGUCACGUCCUCGCGCGCUCCGUGUACGCGGACGAUGACGGCGACGACGACAGCGACUACGUGCCCUCGCCUCGCCUGCGCGUCUCUGACCCACCCGUCGUCGAGGUCGAUCCCCCUUCUUCGCCGCCCGCAUCCUCGCCGCCGCCUUCCAGUGUCGCCCCUGAGGCCUCCCCCGCGAGUCGCCCCCGGCCCACGAGCUGGAUGUCCGCCAUGCCAGUCCACUCUGCGCACUACACGAUCCCUGAGGGCGUUGACGUCCAGAAGACCGAGCCAUUGUUCCUCAGCCUUCCUCAGCAUCGGAAGAGCCCGCCGCCCGCGCAGCAGAUGCAGCCGCCUUCGCUUGUGCAGCCGCUCGAAGCGGUCGCCGCCACACUUGUCAACUGGUCGUACGACGGCCCGCCGCCCGCUCAGGGCACGCCCUCGUAUUCUAUGACGCCUUCAACCGCGUCUCCCUACCCUUCGUCUUUUGUACCCGCGUACAACGACGCUACCCAGAUCUCUACAUCUGGCGCUCACACCCCCACUCAUGCCUUCACGAAUCCGAGCUACGACGCGUCCAACGCGUACGCCCAGGCCCCUGCGCCGUCUUACUCAUACGACCAGGUUUCCUACGUGGACCAGGCCUCUUACGCUUCUUCUUCAUCCGGCUUCGCCGCAUAUGCCGCCCCCGUCGAGCAGACUUACCAAAACUCUGGCACGGUCAACCCUGCCUUCGUGCACGCCCCGCUCAGUGCUGAGGAUGCGCACUACCUGGAGGUCUACAACGAGAUGAUCGUCAACAUCCAGGACGGCGACGCUGGACAGUACUACAACUCGGGCACUUUUGGCGACGCGUCCGCGCACGGCUUCGCCGCCGCCGCGCCCGCUAGCGAUGCACCGACUUGGUCGAUACCACACGACUCUGGCGCGCCCGCGGCUCUGCCGUUCGAUGCCGCCGGCUACGACGCCACCGACGCCAACGCCGGGGCCUACAACACGUUUGCUUACGGAGAUGCAUAUAACCACGGCCCCAUGUGAUAUCCUUAUUCUCUUUUCUUCCCGGCCCCAUCACGACGCGUUCCGAACGAACUCCGCCGAUGCCCUCUUAUUUACUUAUGUGUUACUUAUGUCGCCGCGGCUGGUUGGCCGCCCAUGUAUGAUCACGUUUGUUCUCCACUGUUGUUUUUUGAGGCUUCUUAUUGUACUACCUGCUUAUACAUCUGACGCGUGCACGUACAUACCCUCUCAUGCGGACGUCGGUCGUGUAGCUCUUCUCCGCCUGGAAUUCGGGAGCGCCUGGCUUGCGCGCCCGGAUGGCUCUGUAAAAUAGACUACGGGUAAUGUAACUUAUAGGUAUCUGUACAUACUAUGCCAAGUCGUU